AUGUCCACCUCGGCGGGCCCAGCCGGGCUCGGCAACGGCAACAGACGAUACCUCUCUAUGUGGUCCCAACCGCACGUGAUCGCUGACCGCAUCCUCUUACUACGCCCCCUCCCCAAGUUCGGCCAGCAGCCCUCGCCGGAAGACGCCAAAGACGGCAUCGAUGACACCCACGAGCAGAUGCUCCGCAAGAUAGGCAAAGACCGCGAGGAGAUCGAGGCCGCCGUGAAGUCGAGGUGGGACACCGCGAUCAGCUACAUGCAGUGCUCGGGCGAAUCUCGUGGUCUGCUGCCCGGUCCGCUGAUCAUGAGGGACGAGGACCACGUCUACCGCUUCGUGAUGAUAUGUGAGUUCGUCUACCGCUGCAUCGGCGCGGAGCUGGGACAUGAUGACAAGGAGAUGCUCGGCUGGGAGUCCGAGUACUAG